GUAUAGAACUCAAUGAUCAAGCUGAAGGUAUGUUGCCCGGCAACAGUUGAUGGUAAGUUGACAAUCGUACAAUUUUCUGACAAUGGCUGCGGUUACUUAUUCGGGGUUCCGCUGGAAACAAUCACGCAAAUCCCACAAUCCAUAUAUCGGAAAAGGAGCAGUUUUGUUUACAGGACCGGAUGCAAUUGGUGAUCAUAAGACAAAGAUUUUAGAUGCUCAGGCAAUAGGCGUUGGGACUAUCUCACGAGAGGGUACAAGUGAUUCAGAAUACAUCCUCAGGGCAGCUACGGGCAGCCCUUAUCCAAGACCAAAAUCAGUUAAAGUUGGUGAAAUUGGCUGGGAUGUUGAAUCAGUAAGAGAGGAUCAAGUGAAGCUUUGGAAAAGUGGACAUCAAAUUAAACUUGCUGAAUUUCGUGAAGCAUGUCAACUUCGACAUACACAUCUAUAUCAAAAUCCAUGGUGUCCGCCACCUCUUCGAAAGAAUGAGCACUUAAAGUCAUUAGAUUUAAGAAAAGUUAAUAAAUAUCGGUGCAGAUCUUCACCAGCUUAUUACAGACAAUCGCAUGUGACAAGUCAAAGCAUACAAAAUAUGGAUAUAAGUAGAACAAAUUUUAAAUGUAAACAGAGCAGACCCUCGGAGCUCAAGUUUGAUAAGAUUAUGAAAGCAUCAGUAAAUGUAGAAAACAACCCAAUACAUUUGCCAGUUGUAGAAAAUGUAGAUGUCAUCACUGUUAAUGGAGAAGAUCCUGCAUUACGUCAUGGUUUGACUGCUUUUACUGGCGCUCUUUUCAUUGUCGGUGAAAUGGCUGGAAGUGGUGUUUUGGCAUUGCCAAAUGCUGUAGCAAACACUGGAUGGAUUGGUAUUAUAGUCAUGAUCAUCUUAGGUGUAUUAUCAGCAACCUGUGGCAUAGUGUUGAGCAGCUCUUGGUUGAUAUUGAGAAGUAACUUUCGCGAAUACCGUGAACAUGUAAGAAAUCCAUAUCCAACUCUAGGCUUUCAUACUUAUGGUAAAUUGGGCAAACAAGUUGUACAAAUUUGCAUUUGUGCUACACUUAUUGGGGCAUGCACUGUAUUCUUAUUGCUGGCGUCAGAAAAUUUCAACAGUUUGAUUGAUCUGGGCAUGUCAUCAAUAUCGAAGAAAAAUGAAUAUCGCAUUUGGUUACUUAUAUGUGGUGCUGUUCUUUUACCACUGACUUGGCUUGGUACUCCCAAGCACUUCUGGCCAGUGGCACUUUUUGCUAUCCUUGCUACAUCGGCAGCCUGCCUGAUCAUUGUGGUAACCAUUGGUAAAGAUUUCGAUGGUAGUGCACAAAAUAGAGUUGUUACUAGUAGCACUUUCUUUUCAGCAUUUGGAGCAAUUGCAUUCUCUUUUGGUGGAACUGCUGCAUUUCCUACAAUUCAAUGUGACAUGAAAAAGCCAAGUUUAUUCAGUUCCUCUAUUGUAAUGGGUUACUUUGCAGUGCUUGCUAUGUAUUUACCUGUUUCCAUUGUUGGCUUUCUUUCAUUUCAAGAUGAUGUUAAAACUAACAUUCUCAUGAACUUGCCAUCUAAUUCUUUAGGAACUAAAUGUGUCACCACACUUGUAUCCGUACACCUUUUGUUCAGUUUUGUUAUUGUUUUAAAUCCAAUUUCACAGCAACUAGAGGAAUGGUUCAAAUUACCUGUAGGUAGAAUCACCAUUAAGACAUGUCUUGUAAGGACAUUCCUUGUGUCUAUUAUUCUUGCACUUGCUCAAGGAAUUCCACACUUUGGUCUUUUCCUUAAUCUAGUUGGUUCCUCCACUACUACACUGCUGACUUUUGUCUUUCCAUGUGUAUUCUUCUUAAAAUUACAAAACAAAAUUUCACUUCAUUUUAAAGUAAUUCUUUAUGAAAUCAUUAUUCUUGGUGUGUUAGCUGCAGUAACAUCAACAUACUUUGCUAUCAAAGCAAUUAUUGACAAUUAAAGUAGAAAUCAAAUGCAAUGUAAAAAAAUAAUUUCAGACUUGAGGACAUUCAAUCAAUUCUUUAUAUUACAUGUGAUAGUAUUCUAUCAAUCCACUUACAAUACAAGUCCAAUUAGUAAUAAAUUGCACUGUGAUAUAUUUCAUAAACAAUACAGUUCAAACUAUGAAUUAUUAUAAUUAAUAAAAUCUUACCAUCUGAUGGAUAUCUGAAUACACUACAUUUAAAUCUAGUUUUGAGUUCUUUGACAUCAUUUUCAAUCUUAUAUGGUAUGUACUCUACUGAUUAUAUUAUUAAUAAAGAUGAGAACAAACAAA